AUGAAAUACAUGUGUCCCCAGGGCCCAAUCGCCGCCAUCGACUUCAUCCAGACAAAGUCCUGUAUCGCCUUAAAAUGCAUCCUCCUCUUCGAGUUCGUUCUCUGCGUCGGCCUCGGUGCCUACUUCGCCUGGCGCAUUCAAGCAAACACCAUCAAGGGCCGGAAAAGGGCUGAGCUGACUGCUGGCAUUACGGCGGUCGAGGAGUGGAUAGAGAUGAGGAAUGCGGCGGCUGGGUCAGCGGAUAGGUGGGGGGCGGAGGAGAGUAGAUUUCACGGACUUGGAAGCGGGAGCGGGAGGAGAGGAGGGGCCCGGGGCUUGUGGUGGAGGGCGAGAAGGAGUUGGUAUAAGUGGGGUGUUUGA